AUGGGAGGGUUCGUGGCCGAGGUCUACAGCGACCAAGAGAACGAGUUCCUCAAGCAGAUGAUGAGAGACCACGGUUCCAAGACCAUCUGGCUGGGAGCUGACGAUCUGAUCAUUGAAGGGAAAUGGUACUGGGCUACCUCUGGCACCUCUGUGGAUGAGUACUCUGACUGGGCACCUGGCCAACCCGACUCAACCGCCACUGGUGACGAGAACUGCAUGGAGUUCAACCUGGAGUCCUUCGGUGGUCAUUGGAAUGACGACGAGUGCGACCACCACCAGCGCUUCAUCUGCCAGAAGUACAUCACUGCUGACGUCAUUGGCUAG